AUGUCGACACCGUCGGAAGAUUCGAAUGCUGGCGCUGCGCCUGGGGCUGAGGACCUCCGGUCGCAAUUGAAUGCGCUGAGGGAGGACAUUGCUGGGCGGGAGGCUGAAAUCAAUAAGUUGGAGCAGGUCCGCAAGAGGCUUACGGGUCUUGGCCUACCCCCGAAAGUUGCCGCCUCCGCUUCGCCAGCCGGUCAACGGAGCGCUUCGACAGGACGAGUCAUCGAUACUUUACAACGGGAGAUUGACGCUCUUCGACACUCGCUCGAUGCUGAGCGGAAUUCGCUACAGGCUGAGCGUGCUAAGGUUGAUGCACUAACGCACAAAGUCGAUAAUGCGGAAGAGACAGUUGACCGGCUACGAAUGGAGAACCAAAACCUGACUGCUAUCGUCAGCCGGAAGGAUCGAACCUUGACGGAGGAGACUGUGGUUCGGAAGGAGCUGGAGAAGUCGGUUGAUAAGAUGAAGUCUGAAAGAACGGCCCUGAAAGAGGAGGUCGCCCAAAAGGAGAAAGCAUUGACCGAGUCAAUUACGAGAGUAGACACUGAAGUCGCUCGGAGAGAAAAGGCUGAGGCAGAGUAUGCGACAUUGCAGGAAGAGUUUGCACGGUUACGGACGAAGACGAAGGAGGACCUAGAAGGGUUGGCAACGAGUGUUGCGACCCUGAAGAAGCAGCGAGAAGAGGAUGCGGUAGCAUCGAAAGCAGCAGCUGAGAAAUUUGAACAACUGGCGAAGGGCAUUGAAGAGGAACGGGAAGCAGGGAAGAAGCUGCGCGAAGCGUUGGAGGUAAAACAGAAAGAGCACGCAGAGCACUUAUCCGCGGCCGUCGAGGAGUUGAAGCAAGCAAACGAAGAGGAAGCCAAGGAGCUACUACAGGCUACCGAAGUUGCUGAAGAAGCACGCAUAGAAGUCGCCGCGCUGAACAGCAAGAUCCGAGCCGCAGCAUCAUUGGAGAGAGGACAGACAAAUGGGACAACGGAAGAGGCGCAAUGA